AUGCCAACCAGCAGUGAGUGUGACGGGAUCAAGACAACAAGAACAACAGUCAUCCUCGGGCGCAGCAGACCAGCAGACAUGGACUUCAACGGCACCUGGAAAAUUUAUUCUGAGGAAAACCUUGAAGAGUUUUUAAAAGCAGUCGGUGUUCCUGAAAUGGUGGUCAAAAUGCGAAAGGAAGUGAAGCCGGUGUGGGUGAUUGAACAGAAGGGCAAAGACUUCACGGUCACCAUGAAGACUCCCGUCUGCAGCAACGUCCACUCCUUCACCAUCGGAGAGGAGUCCGAGAUGACCGCCAUGGACGGCAGGAAGUUUAAGUGCACCGUCAGAGAGGAAAAUGGAAAACUGAUUGCUGUGAAUGAAAAGUUCACUUCUGUCCGGGAGAUCGUAGGGGACGAGAUGCUUGAGACCAUCACUGCCGGCUCUGUAACUUUCAUCAGCAGGAGCAAACGAGUCUGAUCCACGCCAGCC